AUGUUGUUCCCAACAUUCAAGUGUGAAAGAAGAGAAAUCACAGACUCUGAAAAGCCUGAGAAAUCUGACGACAUCCUCGUUCCGGACUCUAUCAACAUCCUCAGUCCGAAGUUUGGCGCUGUCCUCGGUCCGCAGUUUGAUCAUGUCCUCGUUCUGAAGUCUGACGACGUUCUCAUUCUGGAAUCUGACCGUGUCCCCGUUCCUGAAUGUGACAACAUUCUUGUUCCAACUGGACUGAACAAAUCCUCGUUCCGGUCUGACGUUCCAGAUUAUAAUGAAUUCCUCGUUACAGAGCCUGACAGCGUCUUCAUUCCGAAGUCUGGCGACGUUCUCGUUCUGGAAUCUGACAACAUUCUUGUCCCAGAAUCUAAAGACAUUCUCAUUCCAAAAUCUGACGACGCCCUCGUUCCGGAGUAUAACGACGUUCUCUUUCCAAAAUCUGAAAACGAUCUCGUUCCGAAAUCUGACGACAUCUUCGUUCCCGAGUCUGACGACACUCUCGUUCCAGAGACUAAGGACGUCCUCGUUUCAGAGUCUGACGACGCCCUCGUUCUGAACUUUGACGACGUCCUCAUUCCUGAGUUUGACGACGUCUUCGUUUCGGAAUCUGUCGACGUUCUCGUUCCGAAAAACGAUGACGCUCUCACUCAGGAGUCUGACGGCGUCCUUAUUCCGGAAUCAGACGACGUCCUCAUUGCGGAGCGACGACGUCCUCAUUGUGGAGUGACGACGUCCUCAUUACAGAGUGACGACGUCCUCAUUCCUGUCUGA